UUCACUCUCAAUUCACUCACAAUAACAACAAAACAUUGUUUUUUUGGCCACACUUUUGGUUGUGGUGUUUGAUUGUCACCACCAACUGAUCCCCUGUCGCUCAAUGUGUUUCACCACUGAUGGACUGCACAUCUAAUGGCAAACAGAUCACCUGCUCGUCCACCACCUCUUCAGACAACUCUUCGCCACUCAAUGCAAACCAAAACAACGCAAAUAAUGUGCAAUCAAUGGAUCAGAUGAACGGCGCCGAAGAUAAUCGUCACUCUAUGGCACUCAUCGACUCCACCACUCAUUCCUCUAAUUCUUCGUCACAAUUGUUUGCCGAUAAUGAAGCCAUUCAUUCGUCGACACAACCGGUAAAUCAGGCGACAAAGCAAUCGCCGAAUCGCGAGUCAAAUAGCUUUCGACGUGACGUUGAGAUGCCGUUCAACGCUCCGACCACUUCCAUGUCCAUCAGCUCGUCAUCCAAUUCCGUGUCGGCCCUCAACUUCGGCUCGAGUCAGACCACGAAUCAGGUUCUCUUCAAUUGGCAGGCGAGCAAAGGGUCCAUCAAAGACCGCAUGUCUGCCAUUUUCAACCGGGAAGUGUUGGCCGACGUGCACUUCUUGGUGGGCAAAGGUGUUCAACAGUUGCGAACUCCGGCCCAUAAGUUCGUGCUCUCAAUCGGAAGCGCUGUCUUCGACGCCAUGUUUAACGGAGCGAUGGCCACGAAGAACGAUGAGAUCGAUUUGCCAGAUGUAGAACCGGCAGCCUUUCUGGCGUUACUCCGAUUCUUAUACACCGAUGAGGUCCAGAUCGGACCCGAGACUGUCAUGACUACCCCCACGAUUCUGAUAGACCGGUGCACCAGAUGUUCAUUAGGCAGUCGCCGUAUACUACUGGACAUCCCAUGCAAAGUAUGUCGAGACCACUCUUCUGGCAAACAUUACGGCAUCUUUGCCUGCGAUGGAUGCGCCGGUUUUUUCAAGCGAUCCAUUCGCCGUAACCGUCAGUAUAUUUGCAAAGCUCGCGGUUCGAGUGCUAACAAGUGUCCGGUCGAUAAAACCCAUCGAAACCAAUGCCGCGCGUGUCGUCUCAAUCGAUGCGUCGACGAAGGCAUGAAUAAAGACGCCGUUCAGCACGAAAGAGGUCCCCGAAACUCAACUAUAAGAAGACAAGUGGCUCUCUAUCUAAAGGAUACAUCAGUUAUCGAUAGAUUAAGUCUCACGUCAACCUUCAUGUCACCCCCAAUGCCUGUUUCAUCAGCACACCUAACCAUCCCAACCAACAAUUCCCAAAUACGUCCGCAAACCAACGCAGAGAUCUCUUUGGCCUCUACUUUAGCUUCAAUUCCCCGUUUAAUAGAUUCAAAUUCACUGACUUUAAGGCCGACAGCUGUAUGCCAUCCAACUCCUAAAUAUCCGUUUCCAUACCCUAAUGGCAUCGGAUCACUGAAUGGAUCAUUGAAUGGAUUUCUGUCGUCAAAUUGUGAGACUGUGUGCGAAACCGCUGCCAGACUUCUCUUCUAUAACAUAAAAUGGUUGAAAACUCUACCCGUGUUUGUGUCACUCCCUAUGAGAGAUCAGUUAUUGCUAAUAGAGGAGGGCUGGAGAGAGUUGUUUAUUCUGAGUGCCGCACAAUUCAUGCUUCCCAUCGAUAUGGAGCCACUAAUAGCUUCGGCGGGUAUUAACUCGACUUCAUUGUUGGCAACGAGCGAAGAGUCGGCGAUCACUAAUGCCUCCAAAACAGACAAAUUCGUCACAUUUAUGACUGAAAUUAGAUGUUUUCAAGAAAUUGUUACUAAAUUCAAAGAGAUGAGAGUCGACACCACUGAAUACACUUGUCUUAAAGCCAUUGUUCUGUUCAAAACUGUGUUUCCCUCGUCAUCGACCACACCAUCGACUACUGUUCACGAACUGCGAGACAGCGGUUCCAUAUCUGUAGCCCAAGACAGGGCACAACUAACUCUAAAUCAGUACAUUUCGAGCGCAUAUCCGACACAACAGUCAUUCCGUUUCGGAAAAUUGCUUUUAAUGUUACCAUCGCUUAGAAGUGUCAGCGGAAACACAAUCGAAGAACUCUUCUUCAGGAAAACGAUUGGAAAUAUAGCAAUAGAUAGACUUCUAUCAGAUAUGUAUAAAUCCACUGAAUUCUGA